CGGCGCUUUAGGCCCCUCCCACCGAGCUGUGUUAUGAACACUCCGAGAACAGCGCAUCCAUCCACGGGUCUGCGGUCCUACCUGUGUCCGUCACACCCUACCUGCGUGAGAUGGAUCCCUACCGGAGAGACACCGGGAGGAAGCCGUACUCGGUCGACCCGGCAGACGGCGCAUCUGGAACACCUGGAGGCGAGCUGACACCCGAGAGUCCAACCGGAGACGCGCCUGACAGCGGGAAUCCUCCGGCGACCGGCAGACAGCCGCAAUACUCAGGCGGAUUCACCGUGAUCCCACCGAAUGAGUCCCUGCGAGACAAGCUGCGAAGGAAUGCUCAGAAAGAAGAGGAGGAGCUUCAGAGAUGGAAAGAGGCAAACAGAGUCACCUACGUGCACGCCGACCCAGAGAAGCUGGGUGGUGCUGCAACACUGGCUGCAACGAGGGAGAUGCAGCACACAGACCUACGCUGCUCCAAACUGCAAAAAAGGCUGAAAAAGGAAGAGUUGGACAAGAGGAGGAGACAAGAGGAAGAGGAGGAGAACCAGAGGAAGAAAGAUAUUCAGCGGGAAAAGGCCGAGCGCCUGGAGGCGAGGAGGCGGCAGGAGGAGCAGCGGAGGAGGGAGCAGCUCAGUCAGGAUCGCGCCAGGAAGACUGAGAGCUUUCUGCAGCGGUUCGAGAGGGCAGCCCCGUGUCCUCCGGCAUCCGGAGGUGCCGCACAAACGCCACACAAGGCCGUGGAGAUUAAACCGAAAGGCGAGAGAGACGUUCAGCAGGAACACAGGAGGGUGAACCAAGCCUUCCUGGACAGUCUCGAGGGUCGACGGCGGGGGAGCGAGCAGGCGACGAGGGCGCCUCCCCUUCUGGCCCCCGACGACUUCAGACACGGGCCGUGCGACCUCGCCGGACAGCGAGUCGCCCCCGCUCUGCCGGACGCAGAUCCAGAUCACAGCUUCGCCGACUGGACGGAUGAAGCCGAUCCGGCCUGCGAUGGGGCGUUGGUGAAACUGCUGAAAAGCUUUCCGGGCUGCAGCAGAUCCUUCCUCGAGGACAUCCUGGACCAGUGCAGCGGGGAUCACCAGCAGGCCCACGCACUCCUCGACUGCACUAUGAAUUAAAUGUUACGCAUGUCCCAACGGGAGGACCGUCUGUCUCCGCUAAUAUUGAGUUUGACAAUUUUUGGAGUCGGUGCCAAAGUGAAAUUGCGUGACCAGCGUUUACGGCGGAGAAGGAAGGACAGACUGGAGUUACCCGCCUUGCUGGUUGGUCCUAGAAGCUGACGGCCACCGCGCAGCUACAUUCCAUCCUCAGCAGCGUUUGCUCCUUUUGAUCCGCUGCAGAUUGGGCCGUUAAUCAUUUACGUGUUUGUUGUCUUGUGUCUGUCUGCAUGCACCGGUGAGUCAUGCCGGGUUUCUUCCCCGAUGUUGAGUUGAAUUGAUGUUCGUUUUCACCAAUUUAGCCGAAGGUCGUCGCCAUGACUCACAAAUCACAUUUGGGGCUCUUAAUCAAAUCAAUGUGCGCAGAUGGAAGAAAACUGUACCCGUGUACGUGAUGCUUUUUGUUUAUCUUAUAAUCAAAGUCGCAUGGGGUGUAUCUAUUGCAGGAUCCCUCGUGGACGGAAAACAAUUUCAAUCCAAACAGGGUUUUCUGCAGAAGGGCUUCAAUAAACUUCCAUUAGAGGGCUUCGUGUGGACUAACGUUUUGUGCGUCGCUGCCGCGUGUGAGCGUUCUCACCUCACCGGCGCGUCGUAGCGGACAAGGUGGAGUUUCCAGGUGGCCAGAUGGCGCAGAGAAGCUGUAACACUGAGGCCGCCCAGCAGAGAUGGUUAUCGCCGGAGCGGGGCAACAAUGAACAACGGGCGGGGCUCUCAACGCGGCGGACGCAGGAGGCGUUUUGCUGCUGCUGAGGUCUCCCACCAAAUGUCCACCAAUAACAAAAGAAAUCUCGACUUUUAAAAGAAAGUAUCCGGGGCGUACAGGGAAGAACAACAUUUUCAGGAUCAGGUUUAAUGUCCAGGACACAAACCGCUCUGUGUCACUGUGGUGACGUUGACAUUUUGCAUGUCCCCCUUUUAAGUAUGGAAGGCGAUUAGCGUAGCUUAGCAUGUAGGCUAGAUACGGGGGGCGAAAACCAUGUGAUUCUGUGAUGUUUCCAUAUUGUGCAGCUCUAUUUGUGCUGCAUAUUGUCACAGUUCAGUCUGGGCGGAGAAACAUUGGAUUCAGAUGUGUGCGGCUAUCAAGUGAAGAGGAGAAACCUGGAAUGAACUGGCCGUGUGAACGUGUGUGUGGGUGUCAGGCGGGGAGACGCCACUUCUCCGUCGCCUAAUCAAUACAGUUCACUUCUUGUCCGCGAGCCGAUGAGACGCUGGCGUCGGAAGGUAUCGCAUGGUCUCCUUCAGGACGCUUCAAUCAGCUCAAAUGGAAACAGCUCUGUGUUCCAGUGCAGCUGCAUCCAAGACACAGGUUCACCGAGCUGUUGGGAAAGAAGAGUGAAAUCCCCUCCGGUUCGUUACAUGGACUCAUGUAGGGAGGUAGAAGUACAAAACUUCAAAAACACACGAGAUUUGUUCGCAGGAAUCACCUCAUCAGACGAGAAAGUAAAUAAGGGAGGACUUUUGAUUCCGUCGGUGCGACUUCCUGAAACCCACCCCAGUUUAUGUCUGGCUAUUAUCUCUCACGUGUCCUCGGAACUGCCAGACUUUUGCAACACUACACUAUAAAUUCAACCGCACCAGCAAUAUGGCGUUGUGUGUCUGUGCAUUUACAUGUUUAAUCUUUGCGUGUAUUUGUUGCGUUGCCGCUGUUCGCACUGCUAGCUGCUAGCCGCUGGCUAAGAUGCCGCUACGUUGACACACGUGUGGAGGCAACGUACGUGUUUGUAACUUUGCAUCUUUACAAUGCAUUUAACAUGUCCCCCCCUUUGUGGUCCCAUGCGUGCAUCCAUCUGCAGAUGUGUUUACUGUGUAGUCCUGCAGGGACAUUCUUAUGUUCUUCAGGGUGUUUCCUUCUUGCCUGUUUUCAGAAAAACAGAAUGAGAACGAUUAGAAUAAAGAAGGAACAGAAACUUCUACAAAGGCCCGUAGAGAAAAA